GUUGCUUCAUCAACCAAGGUAUUGGAAAGCCUCCGAAGUUUGAAUGGUGCAAAGAAACCCACAGUAAUAUAAAAUCAGUCCUGGGACCAGCCUCCUCUAGAAUCUUGGGUGCCUGGUUGGCCAUGGAGAUGAGACUCCGUGUGAUAGCAUUCUCAGUUCUCUCCGUCUGCAGUUACUCGGACAAACAGAAUUCCUUGCCUGACAUAGAUAAUGAAGACUUUAUCAAGGAUUGUGUUCAAACUCAUAACAAGCUGAGAUCAGAGGUAAAUCCACCAGCCAGCAACAUGCUCUAUAUGACCUGGGAUCCAGAUUUAGCUAAGACUGCCAGGGCCUGGGCUAAAACCUGCCAGUUUAAACAUAAUGUUUACUUGAAAGAGCCAAAGAAGAUCCAUCCUAGCUUCUUGUCAGUGGGAGAAAAUAUCUGGACAGGAUCACUCAGUGCCUUCUCUGUAAGCUCGGCCAUCCAAAGCUGGUACAAUGAGGUCCAGUAUUACACCUACAAGACUCGCUCCUGCACUAAAAUGUGCGGCCAUUACACUCAGGUUGUCUGGGCGACCAGUUAUAAAGUUGGCUGUGCAGUUCAAUUUUGCCCUCAAGUUUCUGGCGGUAAAGGACUGACCAAUGUAGCUCAUUUCAUUUGCAACUAUGGACCCAGUGGAAAUAGCCCGACAGCCCCAUAUAAGGCAGGAGCAGCCUGCAGUGCCUGCAAUGAAAAUGAAAAUUGUGUGAACAAGCUCUGCAGAGACUCCAGUUGGAAAGCGGACUGGGAAUUAUUCACUCGUAAUCGGACCCUAGGUUUUGUCCUCAUCACUAUUUCAAUAUCUCUGGGCCUCUCAAUGGCAGCUUUCAUUCUGGUAAAAUGGAACAGGCAGAACAGAUGAUAAAGUCCCACAGAUGAAUAUACGACGAUUUAUUAAAAAUCCUUCUGUACUAAAUAAAGGUGUGUC